AUGACAGAGUUCCAUCCAAGCCUGUUCAGAAGAAAGUGUAAGGCUGAGGGACCAGCUGAAAUUGAUAUGGCUACAAAGCCAGCACCUAUUCCUCAAAACACGCUAUAUGAGGAGCCGUUAGUAUCUCAGCACAGAGUUAAGAAGCGAUAUGUAACAGUGUAUGGGUUUACUCCAGCGAAUAUGGAAACUGUUCUGGACAUGAUCAGGUCUUGCGGAGACAUUCUUGAGAUUGAGUAUGGAAAGAAUUGGGUGAAUGUUCUAUUUGGGGGCGAAGAUGGCAUCAAAAAAUGCCUGCGCAUGAACACAUCGAUUGUUGGAGACGAAAUGAUUGGAGUGUUCAGACAGGGAGGAGGCGUAGUUGAAGACAAGGAUAUUUUUGUGAGACACAAAGGUAUUUUUACAUCGAUGAUGGAGUAUUUUUUUGGAGAUUAA